AUGACAAUUUCCCUGGAAAAGGAGAACCCCAUCGGAGCCCUCACCCGCAAAAGGAGAAGCAGGGUGUGUGGACUACACUCAAAGCUUCAUGUUAAAACAAAAACAUCCUUAAAAAUGACCAUCAUGGCUGCGGGAGCCUGCUAUGCAGUAGGGGGCCUUCAAGUUCCUGGGAAGACCCUUCCCAGCCCCCCUCCAGCAGCUGCUGCCAGCCCCGUGCCCCUGCAUAUCACUCCACUGUGCCUGCUGCUUCUCAUCCUGUACUGCCUCAUCUCAAGCUUGUCUUCAGUGUACACAGAGCUGCUCAUGAAGCGACAGCAGCUGCCCCUGGCACUUCAGAACCUCUUCCUCUACACUUUCGGUGUGCUCCUGAAUCUAGGUCUGCAUGCUGGCGGCGGCCCCAGCCUCCUGGAAGGUUUCUCAGGAUGGGCAGCGCUCGUGGUGCUGAGCCAGGCGCUAAGUGGACUGCCCAUGUCUGCUGUCAUGAAGCGCUGGAGCAGCAUCACGCGCCUCUCGGUGGCGGCCUGCUCGCUGGUGGUCAACGCAGCGCUCUCAGCAGUCCUGCUGCGGCUGCAGCUCACAGCUGCCUUCUUCCUGGCCACAUUGCUCAUUGGCCUGGCCAUGUGCCUGUACUAUGGCAGCUACUAG